UCUCGGAGGACGCUCCACUGCCGUUUCCAUGGUGACGGGUUACACGCUUCUCUCCACGUUAUGAACAAUGCAUUUAAACGGUGACUGAAAUCUGAAUGAACAAAUGGGGAGAACAAAAACUUCCUUUCCUCCCCCUGCUUUAAAAUCAGGAGCUCCCUUCUGAAAGUAUUUCUCAAGACUUUUGUGGCAAUUCGACUUUAUAUUUUAUUGGGUUUAGGGAAAAAAAAGUAUUCUUACAAAAAGAAAAUGCAGUGAAAUACUUAUAUGGCAACACGCUGCUGCUGUGCCGCAAAGAUGGAUUCCAAAAUGAUAAUAAUACUAUUAAUUAGGUACUAGUGAUUGCCACCUUCCUACCCUGCACUUGGCACCCUGCUGUAUCUGCCCCAGGCAGGGUAACUCUCAUGGAGAAUAGGCGAGAUCCCUGUGCCUCAGGGCUGGUACCUACAUACUUUCCAGACCAGCCGGAGCCCGUAAGAGGCGGCCGGGGGGGGGGGGCGGCAGACGGCUCAGAGCGAUGCUUCUGGCAAAGGAACAGGUGGCAGCGCGUCCACUGAGAGGAAAGCCCACACAUCCAUUCAGGAAAGACCUGUAGCGCAGCUUUAGGGUGGGGGGGAGAGAGAGUCCCAUUGACCUCAGAGAAGUCCAUACCCGCGGUUUGUGGUCCAGCAGAAGUUACACAGCAGCGGCUGAAUGCGGUAGCGGCCAUCCCUAGCGUUACUGUAACGGUACCGGCCAUCCCUAGCGUUCCUGGCGCGGCACUGCCGGGGGACAGCAGAGGGCAGGGCUCCGCUACAGGGCUGCGAGGUACCCUCCCCCGGCAGGGCCACAGACUGGGAGCAGGUUUAUGCUAAUCAGGACCGAGGGGGAGGAGGAGGAGAGGGGAGCGGCGCUGGCCCAGGGGGUUGGAGCCAUUUUGAAAUCACUUUUAAACUUACCGUGGGAUAAGAAGUCAAGUUGGGGCGAGCGGCCCUGAUGCCGCCCCUCAGCCCGCUGUGAGGAGAUGUGGGCGCUGUGCGUGUGGAUUACGGUGCUGCAGCUUGCGGGGGGUCUGGAACUGCACCUCUAUCCCGGGGCCCCCGGGGCAGCCAACCUGUCCUUGGGAACGGACUGGACAUACCGCCUGGGGAACAACUGGCCGGCGGUUACACUGAGCCCCAUAGGGGAGCUGAGCUUGAAACCCGGGGCAAACUGUUCGGAUGUCCCGCUCCCCGCAUCCCUCCGUGUCACCUCCCGCCGGGACCGGACUGCCCUGCUCAUCCGGCUGCAUGUGUAUGUACUGGGGCCAGGCUGCCACACCGAGAGCCGGGGGAAGGGCACUGGGGCUCAUAAGAGUCUCCCCGAUGUGGACGUUGAGUACGGAGCGGAGUAUAUUGCCCCCCGGUGCCCCCCAGAACUGCUGCACCGGACUCAGGGAUUUGUGGCCGCUGUACUGGGGGGAGCCGGGUGUAGGCUGACGGGUUCCACCAUUAGCCGGACUGUGUGCGGGGGCUCAGGGGCCUCAUUGCCCACCAUGUGUAGGGGAUCCCCGGGGCAGGUGCUAGUGCGGGUGAGGAGGAAGCUUCGGGGCAGACACAAGAGAAUAAAGAGGAGCACCAAUAGCAGCCCCCAGUUCCAACUUCACAACUACCAGGCAUCGGUGCCGGAGAACGAACCUGCGGGGACCCGGGUCACCUCUCUGCGGGCAGUGGAUCCGGACACGGGGGAGGCGGGCCGGCUGGAGUACCUUAUGGAGGCGCUCUUCGAUAGCCGCUCCAAUGAUUACUUUGAGAUCGAUUCCGAGACGGGCACGGUGAGCACCAGCCAAGCCCUGGACCGGGAAACUAAGGACACCCAUGUGCUCAAAGUCACCGCAACCGACUUCGGCUCCCCCCGGAGAUCCGCCACCACCUACCUGACCGUGACAGUCAGCGACACCAACGACCACAUGCCGGUGUUCGAGCAGUCCGAGUACCGGGAGAAUAUCCGGGAGAACCUGGAGGUGGGCUACGAGGUGAUGACUAUCCGGGCCACUGACGGGGACGCGCUGUCUAAUGCCAACAUGCUGUACCGGCUCCUGGGGGGCUCCGAGGGGGCUUCUGCCGUGUUUGAGAUAGACCCCCGCUCCGGCAUUGUCAGGACCCGGGCACCUGUGGACAGGGAGGCGGUAGCGGACUAUCAGCUUAUUGUGGAGGCAAAUGACCAAGGCAAGGACCCAGGUCCUAAAAGUGCCACGGCCACUGUGUAUAUCUAUGUGGAGGAUGAGAAUGAUAACUACCCGCAGUUCACCGAGAAGCGCUACGUGGUGCAGGUGCCGGAGAACGUCAGCCCCAAUAGCCACAUCCUGCAGGUGCAAGCCACCGACCGGGACAAGGGCAACAAUGCGAUCGUCUAUUACAGCAUCGUGAGCGGGAACAUCAAGGGCCAGUUCUACAUCCACUCGUUCACCGGUAACAUCGAUGUCAUCCACCCGUUGGACUACGAGGCUAUCCGGGAGUACAGUCUGAGGAUCAAAGCGCAGGAUGGCGGCCGGCCGCCCCUCAGCAACACCACGGGCAUGGUGACUGUGCAGGUGGUGGAUGUGAAUGAUAACGCACCCAUCUUUGUCAGCACCCCAUUCCAGGCCACUGUGCUGGAGAAUGUGCCCAUAGGCUACUCCGUGGUUCAUAUCCAGGCCAAUGAUGCUGACUCCGGGGACAAUGCCCGCAUCCAGUACCGGCUCACCGACACCCCUCCCAAUUUCCCCUUUGUCAUCAACAAUAACACCGGCUGGAUUACAGUUUCCACAGAGCUGGACCGAGAGACGGUGGAGUUGUACACUUUUGGAGUAGAAGCCAGGGACCAGGGAGAGCCAGCCAUGACCUCUUCAGCCAGCGUCACCAUAACAGUUUUGGACGUCAAUGACAACAACCCCACUUUCACCGAGAAGGCCUACCAUCUGCGACUGAAUGAGGAUGCAGCAGUGGGGAGCAGUGUCCUGACCAUGACUGCUGUGGACAGAGAUGUGAACAGUGUGGUGACUUAUCAAAUCACCAGUGGCAACACCAGAAACCGCUUUGCCAUCACCAGCCAGAGUGGGGGUGGAUUGAUCACUUUAGCUCUACCUUUGGAUUACAAACAGGAGAGGCAAUAUGUCCUUACUGUCACUGCCUCUGAUGGCACAAGGUCUGAUACUGUACUAGUCUUCAUCAAUGUCACUGAUGCCAACACACAUCGCCCUGUGUUUCAGAGUUCCCAUUAUACAGUUAGUGUUAGCGAGGAUAAGCCAAUUGGCACCUCAAUAGUUACUAUUAGUGCCACAGAUGAGGACACUGGGGAGAAUGCUAGAAUAAGCUAUACAAUGGAAGAUAACAUACCCCAAUUUAGGAUAGACCCAGAUACAGGUACAAUUACCACCCUUAUAGAACUGGAUUAUGAGGACCAGGCUUCCUACACAAUAGCUGUGACUGCCAAGGACAAUGGCAUUCCACAGAAGUCAGAUACCACCUAUGUGGAGAUUCUGAUUCUAGAUGCCAAUGACAACAUGCCACAGUUUAUGAGGGACAGGUAUGUUGGCUCUGUGUUUGAGGAUGUACCACUUUCCACUAGUGUACUCCAGAUUUCUGCAACAGACAGAGACUCAGGCCUCAAUGGGAGGGUCACAUACACUUUCCAAGGCGGCAAUGAUGGAGAUGGAGAUUUUAAAAUUGAACCCACCUCAGGCAUCAUUAGGACAAAUGCAAAGUUGGACCGAGAAAAUGUGCCUGUGUAUAACCUAAAGGCCUAUGCUGUGGAUAGAGGUAACCCUCCUCUAAAAUCCCCAGUGGACAUCCUUGUCACAGUGUUAGACAUUAACGAUAAUGCCCCCGUCUUCAAAAGUAACGAACUGGACAUAUAUGUGGAGGAGAACAGCCCAGUUGGGUCAGUUGUGGCAAGGAUCACUGCCAGUGACCCAGAUGAAGGCACCAACGCUCAGAUCAUGUACCAGAUAGUGGAAGGGAACAACCCGGAGGUCUUUCAGUUGGAUCUCUUCAGUGGAGACCUUACUGCCUUGAUAGAUCUGGAUUAUGAAGUGAAGACUGAAUAUGUAAUUGUGGUGCAGGCUACUUCCGCCCCCUUGGUGAGCAGAGCAACUGUCCAUGUCAAACUCCUGGAUAAAAAUGACAAUGACCCAGUGCUGCAGGAUUUUGAAAUUAUCUUUAACAAUUAUGUGACUAACAAAUCCAAUAGCUUCCCCACAGGUGUCAUUGGCAAAAUCCCAGCCUAUGACCCUGAUGUGUCUGACACUUUGCACUAUAGCUUUAUUCAGGGAAAUGAGCUAAACCUGCUUAUUCUGGACCCCUCUACUGGAGAGCUUAAGUUGAGCAGGGAUCUGGACAAUAACCGUCCCCUUGAGGCACUGAUGAGGGUCUCAGUGACGGAUGGUGUCCAUAGUGUCACAGCACACUGCACCCUACGAGUGACCAUCAUAACGGAUGACAUGCUAACCAACAGUAUCACAGUGCGGUUGGAAAAUAUGUCUCAGGAAAAAUUCCUGUCCCCUCUCCUGUCCCUGUUUGUUGAAGGAGUUGCAACUGUCUUAUCUACCACCAAAGAUGGCAUAUUUGUCUUUAAUAUUCAAAAUGACACAGAUGUCAGCUCCAAUAUCCUAAAUGUAACUUUUUCUGCCCUGCUUCCUGGAGGAGUCCGGAAUAAGUUCUUCCACUCUGAGGAUCUCCAAGAACAAAUAUAUCUUAACAGAACUCUUCUAACCAUGAUUUCAACACAGCGAGUGCUGCCUUUUGAUGACAACAUAUGUCUAAGGGAACCUUGUGAGAAUUACAUGAAGUGUGUAUCUGUGUUAAAAUUUGACAGCUCAUCACCAUUUAUAAGUUCCAACACUGUACUGUUUCGCCCCAUCCAUCCCAUCAAUGGAUUGAGAUGUCGGUGCCCUCCUGGAUUUACUGGAGACUAUUGUGAAACUGAGAUUGACCUGUGCUACUCCAAUCCUUGUGGCAAAAAUGGACUUUGUCGAAGCAGAGAAGGUGGUUAUUCUUGUGAGUGCCAUGAAGAAUAUACAGGAGAACACUGUGAAGUGAGUUCCCGGUCCGGGCGCUGUGUUCCAGGUGUCUGCAAAAAUGGAGGAACCUGUAUCAACCUCCUUAUUGGUGGUUUCAAGUGCGAGUGCCCCCCUGGAGAAUUUGAAAGGCCAUACUGUGAAAUGACCACGAGAAGCUUUCCACCACAGUCCUUCAUUACCUUUAAAGGAUUACGGCAGCGCUUCCAUUUUACGAUCUCUCUCAUGUUUGCAACUAGGGAGAGAAACGCUCUGCUUCUUUACAAUGGGCGAUUUAAUGAAAAACAUGAUUUCAUUGCGCUUGAGAUCAUUGAAGAACAGAUCCAGUUAACAUUCUCAGCAGGAGAGACUACUACUAAAGUCACCCCCUAUGUUGAAGGAGGAGUAAGUGAUGGCCAAUGGCAUUCUGUGCAGGUGCAGUACUACAAUAAGCCUAAUAUUGGAAGACUGGGGAUCCCCCACGGACCGUCAGGAGAGAAGGUUGCUGUUGUGACAGUGGAUGAAUGUGAUACGGCUGUGGCAAUACGGUUUGGGAACCUUAUUAAAAACUACACGUGUGCUGCUCAAGGAACCCAAACAGGCUCUAAGAAGUCACUUGACUUGACUGGACCACUGUUGCUGGGUGGUGUUCCUAACUUGCCUGAAGAUUUCCCAGUGCAGAACAGGCAGUUUGUUGGAUGCAUGAGGAAUUUAACCAUUGACAACAAACCAAUAGAUAUGGCAAGUUUUAUUGCCAACAAUGGCACCUUAGCAGGAUGCGCUGCUAAGAAGAAUUUCUGUGACACAAGUUUCUGUCAGAAUGGAGGGACAUGUGUUAAUAAGUGGAACACAUAUUACUGCGAGUGCCCCCUUCACUAUGGUGGCAAAAACUGUGAACAAGCAAUGCCUUUCCCUCAGCAUUUCCAAGGAGAGGGUAUAGUCUUUUGGACUGAGCUGGAUAUUACAGUUACUGUUCCUUGGUUCAUUGGCUUGAUGUUUAGAACCAGGCAAUCUAGUGGGAUGCUAAUGCAAGCUAAUGCAGGGCCCUCAUCAAGGAUUAACAUCCAGAUCUCAAACAGUAACAUUCAGUUUGAAGUGUAUAGUGGGUAUAGUCGCAUUGCAAGUAUGAAGAUUACCCAAACUCGUGUGAGUGACGGAGAAUGGCAUCAUCUGCUUAUAGAACUAAAAAGUUCAAAGGAUGGAAAGGAUAUAAAAUAUGUUGCUAUAAUGUACUUGGAUUAUGGCAUGUACCAGAGUUCAGUGGAGAUUGGUAAUGAGCUUCCUGGAUUAAAACUGAAGAGCAUCUUUGUCGGAGGUCUGUCCAGUAAUGAUGGUGGGGUUGAUCAAGGAUUCAAUGGCUGUAUGAAGGGUGUGAGAAUGGGUGAAACUUCAACAAAUAUAGCAACUCUAAACAUGAAUCAAGCCACGGUGAUCAAAGUGGACAGUGGCUGUACUAUGCACAAUCCAUGUGACUCCAAUCCAUGUCCUUACAAUAGUGAAUGCAGUGAUGAGUGGGGCAGUUACACAUGUCACUGUGAGCCAGGGUACUUUGGGAGAGACUGUUUGGAUGUGUGCAGCCUGAACCCCUGUGAACAUGUUUCUACGUGCACGCGAAAGCCUAGCUCUUCACAUGGAUACACCUGUGAAUGUGGAGCAAACUACUAUGGGCAGUACUGUGAGAACAAGGUUGAUUUACCGUGUCCAAGGGGCUGGUGGGGAAAUCCUAUCUGUGGGCCUUGUAACUGUGAAGUCAGUAAAGGCUUUGACCCUGACUGCAACAAGACAAAUGGAGAGUGCCGGUGUAAGGAAAACUACUACAGACCAAAGGAAAGUGACACUUGCUACCCAUGUGACUGCUUCCCAUCUGGUGCUUAUGCACGUGGCUGUGAUAUGGAGACAGGACAAUGUCCCUGCAAGCCUGGAGUUAUUGGGCGCCAGUGCAAUCGCUGUGACAAUCCAUUUGCUGAAGUUACUAAUCAAGGAUGUGAAGUAAUUUAUAAUGGAUGUCCCAAAGCAUUUGAGGCUGGAAUCUGGUGGCCACAGACCAAAUUUGGCCAGCCAGCAGCUGUUCCAUGUCCCAAGGGUUCUGUAGGGAAUGCGAUCCGGCAUUGCAGUGAGGAAAAGGGUUGGCUUCCUCCAGAACUCUUCAACUGUACAACCCUUAGCUUCUUGGAAUUGAAGACUUUGAAUGAAAAGCUUCAUCGUAAUGAGACUACUUUGGAUGGUGAAAAGUCAAUACAGAUUGCCAAAGUGCUACAGAAUGCCACUAACCAUACAAAAUCAUUCUAUGGCAAUGAUAUUAGAACUGGAUAUCAAAUGCUUGUGAAGGUGUUAAAGUAUGAGAGCCAACAGCAUGGUUUUGACCUGGCGGCAACGAGGGAUGUAGAAUUUAAUGAGAAUGUGAUAUAUGCUGGCAGUGCUAUAUUAGAUCACAAAAACAAACACCAUUGGGAUCAGAUCCAAAGAACUGAGGCUGGCACUGCACAUCUCCUUAAGCACUAUGAAGACUAUGCUAAUAAUGUGGCCAGAAACAUGAAGAAAACUUACAUGAAGCCUUUUGUUAUCGUAGCUCCAAACAUAAUCAUCGCUGUCGACAUAUUUAACAAAGCUAAUUUCACUGGAGCCAAAGUCCCUGAAUUUAAUGAGAUACGUGAUUAUCCAAAAGAUUUGGAGUCUUCUGUGCUAUUCCCAGAUACCUUGUUUAAACCUCCUGAAAUAAAUGUUCUACCAACCUUCAAGCCAUCAAACCAGAAAAUUUCUAGCAAAGAUGAUGAGUUUGAUCCCAACCUGUCAAAAAGGAAAAAGCGGCAACCAGAUCCAUCAUCCCAGUAUGCAGUUGCCAUGGUGAUAGUGUACCGUUCCCUAGGGCAGUUGCUACCAGAGAGCUAUGACCCUGACCGUAGGAGUUUGAGGGUCCCCAAUCGGCCAAUCAUUAAUACUCCUAUUGUAAGCACUACGGUUCAUAAUGAAGAUGACCCACUACCUACUCAGCUGGAAAAGUCAAUAAUACUGGAAUAUACUAUGCUGGAAACGGAAGAGAGAACUAAACCUGUAUGUGUGUUCUGGAACCAUUCAAUCAUAGUUGGAGGCUCAGGUGGCUGGUCUUCCAAAGGCUGUGAACUUAUUUCAAGAAACAAGAGUCAUGUGACUUGUCAGUGUAAUCACAUGACCAGCUUUGCUGUCUUAAUGGACAUUUCCAGAAGAGAAAAUGGCGAAGUUCUUCCACUGAAGAUCAUCACAUACACAUCAGUGGCAGUCUCCUUAGUGGCUCUGCUGCUGACAUUUAUCCUUCUGGUCAUAAUCAGAACUCUACGUUCAAAUAUUCACAACAUACACAAAAACUUAGUGGCUGCUCUCUUCUUUUCUGAACUGGUCUUUCUCAUUGGAAUCAAUCAGACUGAAAAUCAAUUUGUGUGUACAGUGAUAGCCAUCCUCCUCCACUACUUCUAUAUGAGCACAUUUGCCUGGAUGUUUGUGGAAGGGCUUCAUAUCUACCGCAUGCUAACAGAAGUGAGGAACAUCAAUUCAGGCCACAUGAGAUUUUACUAUGUUGUUGGAUAUGGAAUCCCUGCCAUUAUUACAGGUCUAGCUGUAGGCCUGGAUCCUCAGGGCUAUGGGAACCCUGAUUUCUGCUGGCUGUCUGUACAAGAUACAUUAAUCUGGAGUUUUGCUGGCCCCAUUGCUAUAGUGGUGACUAUAAACACGAUCAUCUUCAUAUUAGCUGUAAAGGCAUCCUGUGGGCGGAGGCAGCGGGCCUUUGAGAAAUCUGGCAUUCUCUCCCUGCUGAGAACGGCCUUCCUGCUCCUCCUCUUGAUCAGUGCCACAUGGUUCCUGGGGCUUAUGGCGGUGAACAGUGACACAAUGACAUUCCAUUACCUCUUUGCCAUCUUUAGCUGUUUGCAGGGACUGUUUAUUUUCUUCUUCCAUUGCAUCUUCAACAAAGAAGUCCGUAAGCACCUAAAGAACACUUUCACAGGAAAGAAACCUCUACCAGAUGAUACAGCUACAACCAGAGCCACUUUGCUAACUCGCACUUUGAAUUGCAAUAACACUUAUAUGGAUGACUCCAAUAUGUACAGAACAGCCAUUGGGGAGUCCACGGCUUCUCUGGAGAGCACCGUCAGGUCAGCCAAGAGCCACAAUAGCUACCUUGCUUAUAUCCUCAGGGAUGAAGCUGCUCAAAAGCUUAGUAUGUCUUCCGGACAAACUCGGGCUGGCGUUACAGAAGUAGAUUCCUCAAUUUACCAUAGAAAUCCACGUGGCCAUGAUUCGGACACAGAUAGUGAGGAUUCCUCUGAUGAACACAGCAGCCUAUAUGCCUCCUCACACUCCUCAGACAGCGAGGAAGAUGGGAUUGACACAGAGAAAAAAUGGAAGCAAACCAGUCCUAAAAACAAUGAGAGAGGCCCUGUGCAUAGCACUCCUAAAGUUGAUUCUUUCCCCAAUCAUGUUAAACCUUACUGGCCUGCUGACUGUAUGACUGCCAGUGACAGCGAGGAUCAAGGUGGGAAGUCCAAGCUAAAAGUAGAGACCAAAGUGAAUGUGGAGCUUCACAAUGAAAACAAAGCUAAUCACUGUGGGGAGGCGCAGCAGGACAAAGAGAAUGAAGCAAACAACAAGGAGAGCAAAUUGUCUUCCAACCACAAUAAUCAUCAGCCUGAACUCAGAAAAGGAAUACUGAAAAACAAAGUCACAUACCCUCCACCGCUCACAGAUAAAAAUCUAAAGAAUCGCUUGCGUGAAAAAUUGUCUGACUACAAUCAGAGUACAAUCUCCUCAAGGACUUCUUCUUUGUGCUCCAAUGAUGGUGUUAGGCCACUUACAGACUGUGGGGUAACCAUUAAAAAUCCCAGAAGAGAUCAUUCCCGAGAGCAAGUCAAUGGUAUGGCCAUGAGUGUACAAACAGGCCCUUUGAAUGGAGAGACUUCGGAUUCCGACGGCAGUAAUGAAACUUCAAUUUGAAUCAUCAGGAAACCAUGAAGUUUGCUGCGGAAGAGGGAUGUUUGGACUUCCAUUAUACCUUGGAUUAAAUGGAACAGAAGGCCACCUUAGAAUGGAUCAUUGCUGAUGCAAUUAAGUAAUAUGGCAGACUUGUGACUGCUUCCAAACAAAGAGAUGUCAAAGGGCUGUGUGAUAAGGAUACAGGCUCCAAAGCACGAAAUGCCUAAAGCCAGUGCCAAAUUGUAUAACUGUAAGUGAGGCUCCAACCCCUUUGGCGGACAGGCAUUCCGCUGGUCAUAUCAGAAAGAACUGGCAGAUACUCCAAGCCAUACACUUUCAAAAGAGUUUGCAUAGUGGAGCCAUUCAAGCAAGUGACUUAUGGAUGCAUGUAAAUACAACAUUGUAUACUGAAAUCAGCCUUGUGUGGGGAAAUCCUUGGUCAUGGACCCUCCACACGCUGAUUGGAUCCCUCUCUGUCACAAUGUGACCUUCCAGCCUAUGGAACAAUGCACCCAGGAAUACAACACCAAGUGCCCUUCUCUCAUUUUACCACAGGACAGUCUUAAAAAGAAUCAGUUUAUAAAUAUAUAAAAAUACAGAUUGUAGAUACUUUUUAUAUAUUUUGUAUUGGACUCUUACAAAGAAAAAAAGAAGCUCUUUUGUAUAUUUUACAUUAGUACUAGUUUUAUUUGUUAUCGGCCUGAAACAUAUUUUUUUACUACAAAAAUUGCACAUCGUUACUUGAAUUAUGAAAUCUACAGAAAAUAAGAUACCCAUCAGAAAUGUGACUUAAAAAUGGUUAGGAGAAAAGCCAAACACAUUCAAGGCAAAGUUAAGAACUGAUGGAAUGUACAGUUAUCAUUUCUGGUACAUGAUUUGGUUUGUAGGAAUCUAAGUUAUAGAACGAAAGCAGCCAGUCUGUGUAUGAUGCUUCCCUAUGUGGACGGACCAACCUUUGGUGCUCUCCGGAGAGGCGGCAACCAUCAUCCCAUCUAUUCAGGCAUAAAUGCAGCACAGUAUAGGCCACACAGCAUCUAUAAAAUUAGAUUUUUUGUCAGACUUUUAGAGACAGUAAAGUUUUCCUUACUCAAAGCAAAAAGUAAAGAAUGAGAACUUCCCAGUUAUAAACAUCAGCACUAGAAAUCUGUAGCUAUCCUGCAUAUUAUAGUUAGUAAUUAUGGCCAUAUGUUACUUUGAAAUAAUAAUUACCCUUCUGCCAUCCCAUAUCUCUCUAGCAGUUAUACAAUAUAAUGGAGGAACAUUUAUUAUUCAGGAAUUUCAGGUCAAAAGAUUGAACAAUAGAAUAGCAGUAGAAUCUUACCAGAGGGUAUAAGACAAAAUCGUGAGUUUCAGGUCAAAUUGGCUGCAUUAGAUGAACUUUUUUGAAGGAUAUUUUCAUAUUUAAUAAAUCCCUUUGCCAGUCCCCAAAUCUGGGCCUGUGCCACUGAGCCUUUGUGUCAGUAACCUACCCCACCUGUUAUAAAACAUGCCCGGCUAACAUAUGUCUGAAAAGUAGUUUUUAAACAUGUUACAACAUCUUUAUAUAUGCAUUGGGUUCCACAGGCUGUCCCAUCAUUGGGAUAUGCAGAACGGCUACAGCUUUCAUUGUGCCUUGCAGGGCUCUUCAUAGAGAAUGGUUUCAUCCGAUUUGGCUUUUUAUUAAGUGUUUGUAAUGUCCAAUUUGCAAAAACUGCAUUUUAUGAAAAAAUAAGACAAGGGUUAUACACUGGAAUAUGUAUAUUUAUUAAUCUACACUGAAGAUGGGAAGCAAAAUUAAAAAAUGAAUUGCUAAUAA